AUGCCUCUUCCCGAACUUCUCAAUUUACCACAAAAACCGGUUUCCCUCGCAUCGACAGAUUCACAGCCCUCUAUUUCAACAUCCAUCCUUACCAGGCAGCGGACAAAAAGCCCUGGACCCGGCAGACUCACAACGAGCCAAGCUGGCAGUAGACACUUAUCGGUAAUAAACAAAUCACAGAAUCCAAUCUUGAAUCGGCAGCCAUACUCUGUGACUAAGAAGCUUCCUCGAGAUUUUAGCAGCUCUCAGACCAUUCAGCCUCGGGCAUUUACAGAGAGUCAAUUGUCGGCGGACACAGACUCAGUGCCCUAUGCUGCUGCAACGCCUAAAAAUGCACAUUCCAGCACAACUAAUGACAAGCUACUCUGCGAAGAUGAUUCAGCCGCCCCAUCAGAAAGCGAAUAUAUUGAAAACACAGAGUCCACGUCUCUGUUUGAUCGUAUCAGUGCCAUGUACAAGCUUUGA